AUGGACUCUUUUAUGAAGUUGAGCAGUCAGAGCCAGGGGAGGGAUCGUGUUUUCAGGGCAACCCAGUACGCAUGCGCACUGGCCAAAUACCUGCUUCGAAAUGAUACACGGAGAAAAGUUCUGGUGCAGAAGCUGCAGAGUUUGGAGUCCAGCAUGAGCUCAGGACGGAAGCUUUUCAGGCUCGGCAAUGCAGUGAGUUCUAUUGAUGCAGCCAGGAGAACCCUUUACCUGAGUGACCCUGUGCUGCGAUGGUGCCUCACCGUAGCCAACCUGAACCGCGCCCUUUAUUUCAUCUGUGACAACAUCCUCUGGGCCAGAAGCAUCAACCUCAUCCAACAUAUCGAUAAGGAAAGAUGGAGCUUAAAUGCCACCCGAUAUUACGUUUUCUCCUUGGUGAUGAAUCUCGUCCAGGAUGCUUACGUGAUUGUCCAGCUCAUGGUCCAGAAGUCACAAGAUGGACAAUAUCGGCAGAAAGUCCACAAUCACCUCAACGAGAGCCAGGAUACUGCCACUGUCGUUAUUCCACAGCUUGAUGCAUUUCUGUUCCUGCUCAUCGAGAGCCUCAGAAGUCACCCAGCUCUAAUUCUUGAUGUGCUGAAGAAUGCAUGUGAUCUUUUCAUUUCUUUCAAUAAGCUUGGAGUUUACAGGACGAAUGAAGGGGUUGUCGGACUCUGUGGACUCGUUUCAUCUCUUAUAGGGAUAGUCUUGGUUCUGAAGCCCAGUUUAAAAAACAAACCGUAAGACAAGAUGCAUGGGAUUGAAGCCCAG